GGGCCGGUCCGCGCCGGGUAAGCGGGCCGAGUCCUCCAGAGAUCGUCCAGUGGGGCUGGAGGCGGGGCCGGGCCGCGGCGCGGGGCCGCCGUGCUCCGCGCUCCUGGGCGCUUCUCAGGUAAGAACCCAAGGCAAGAGUCAGGGAGACUGAAGAGAAAUCGGACGUUCCUGUUGGCUCCAUAAAUACCUAUGAGUCAGCUCCAGGGUGCCCUGCCCAGGAUACCCUCCCACCCGCCGACCCAGCUCCCACGGCCCAGGCACGUCCCCUCGUGGCGCCUGUCACAGCUGCCGGUCAACGCGUGUAGCCUCUAUUUCCCAUUUGACCAGACUCUCAGGCUCAGCACGGCUGGAUUAUGGCAGGAAAAGUGAAGUGGGUCACUGACAUCGAGAAGUCGGUGCUGAUAAAUAAUUUUGAGAAGAGAGGAUGGGUCCAAGUGACAGAAAACGAGGACUGGAAUUUCUACUGGAUGAGCGUGCAGACCAUCCGCAAUGUCUUUAGUGUUGAAACUGGCUACCGGCUCUCAGAUGAUCAAAUAGUCAACCAUUUCCCGAACCACUAUGAGCUGACGCGGAAGGACUUGAUGGUGAAGAACAUCAAGAGAUACAGGAAGGAGCUGGAGAAGGAAGGGAGCCCACUGGCGGAGAAGGACGAAAGCGGGAAGUACCUCUACCUGGACUUUGUCCCCGUCACCUACAUGCUGCCUGCCGACUACAACCUGUUCGUGGAGGAGUUCCGGAAAAGCCCCUCGAGUACCUGGAUUAUGAAACCCUGUGGCAAAGCCCAGGGAAAGGGCAUCUUCCUGAUCAACAAGCUCUCACAGAUCAAGAAGUGGUCCCGGGACAGCAAAACAUCUUCGUUCAUGACUCAGUCCACCAAGGAAGCCUACGUGAUCUCUCUGUACAUUAACAACCCGUUACUAAUCGGCGGCAGGAAGUUCGACCUGCGCCUGUACGUUCUGGUGUCUACGUACCGCCCGCUGCGCUGCUACAUGUAUAAACUUGGAUUUUGCCGCUUCUGCACAGUGAAAUACACCCCGAGCACCAGUGAGCUAGACAACAUGUUUGUCCACCUUACCAACGUCGCCAUUCAGAAACAUGGGGAGGACUACAACCACAUCCACGGGGGCAAGUGGACCGUGAACAACCUGCGGCUCUACCUGGAGAGCACCCGAGGCAAGGAGGUGACCAGCAAGCUGUUUGACGAGAUCCACUGGAUCAUCGUGCAGUCCCUGAAGGCCGUGGCGCCCGUGAUGAACAACGACAAGCACUGCUUUGAGUGCUACGGCUACGACAUCAUCAUCGACGACAAGCUGAAGCCCUGGCUGAUCGAGGUCAACGCGUCCCCAUCCCUCACCUCCAGCACUGCCAACGACCGAAUCCUUAAGUACAACCUGAUCAACGACACCCUCAACAUCGCGGUCCCUAAUGGUGAAAUUCCAGACUGUAAAUGGAACAAGUCACCCCCAAAGGAAGUCCUCGGCAAUUAUGAAAUCCUGUACGACGAGGAGCUGGCGCAGGGCGACGGGGCUGACCGAGAGCUGAGAAGUCGGCCGGGCCAGUCGCUGGGGCCCAAAGGGAGCCGAUUGAGAGAUGCCGGGAGGACCGUCCUCACCACUUGGAAGUGACCGCCAGCGAGAGCAAGACUUACAGCCCGGACCCGGUCAGAACCUGCCACCGUGCCCGACCCUUGCCGAAGACACCUAUUUUGGAAUUUCCUUUUUCUAGAGCUUUUUUUUCCUUUCCUAAACCCUGUAAAUAAAUAAAGGCACUUCUUUGAAAGGUUAA